AUCCGGCUGGAGAUUUACAUGGAUCUGCUGUGCCCGUGGUGCUUUGUCGAGAAGCACAGCCUGGAGGCGCUGAUGCAGCGCUACCGAGACGAGCAUCCCGAGGUGCGCUUCGAGGCCGUGUUUAGGCCGUAUUACAUUGCGCCGACCAUGGCCAAGCACGGCGUCGAAAAGCGCGGCAUCUACGACCGCCUCGACUCGCUCAACCCAAACUUCCUCUCCCGCAUCCAAGUCGCCGGCGCAAAGCACGACAUCGCCUUCUCCAUCCGCGGCGUCACCGGCAACACCCGCCCCGCGCACCGCCUCAGCGCCGUGGCCCUGCGCGAGCUCGGCCCCGCGGGCCAGUCCGCCGUCGUCGAGCAGCUGUUCCAGGGCCACUUUGAGGACGGCCGCGACCUCAGCGACGCCGCCUGGCUGGUGACGGUGGGCGUGGCCGCGGGCAUCCCGGAGGCGGCGGUGCGCGCCGGGCUGGACGACGACGAGGCCGGCAUGAGGCUCGACGCCGUGGCCCAGGCGGCGAGGGACGUCAUGGGCGUCGAGGCCGUGCCGUGCGUCAUGGUGCAGGACCGGUACAAGGUGGGAGGCUAUCAGGAGGGCCAUGUCUUUGAGAGCUUGUUUGAGAAGAUACGG